UUUAAGAGGUAUUUUGAUAAAUAGAUCUCAAUAAUUCAUCAUUAUUGAACAUUCGUAUAUCUAUAAUCUACUUGAGUUGUGCUUCAUCAAAUCAAAUUAACAACGAAUGCGCGUGGUGCCUUAAAGAUCAUGACGAUUAAACCAAGCUGGCGCUCUUUAAUCGAUUAAGCCGCACGUGCUGUCACAUGCAAGAUUGGACUUAAAAACUGUAUCCUACAUGUUUCGUGUUUAUUAGCGGGUAUGAAGAAUAAAUCAUAGGGAAAACAAAGUAAAUCGUUUCUACUUACAUCGCCAACAAGUAGCGUAGGCGCACUGAAGCUCCCGUAUUAAAGUAUGCCGAUUAAAAACAUCGACGACGGUUCCGGUGAGACGUUGCGCGUGCUUGAAGUUGACGGAUACCUUACGCCGCUUUUUAAUACGGUUCACCAGAAUCGACUUGAGGAAGAAUUCAGAAGCAUUCCAACCCGGCCACUCAAGCCAGACGAUGUAUUCAUUUGUGCCUACCCAAAAGCAGGUACCCACUGGCUAUGGGAAGUGUCGUCCAUGUUGGUAAACCAGUCUGCCGACAGAGUUAAAUUGAUUAAAGAGACUGCUAUGUUGGAGGCUCUUACUGAGGAGCAAUUCAGGAGCAUCCCGUCUCCCCGGGUCCUUAACACGCACAUACCCCUCCGUUUGAUGCCGAAAGACACUUUAUCCAACAAAACCAAGAUCGUGUUCGUCCAAAGGAACCCAAAGGACAUCUGCGUCUCAUUUUUUAAUCACCAUAGCAAAAUCGUCGAAUAUGAUUUCAACGGCAAGUUUGAGAACUACGUCAACCGGUUUCUGAAAGGACUAGUUGACUAUGGCUCGUGGUUCGAGUACACUCUUUAUUGGGAGAAAAUCAUUCGUGACAACCCAGAACAUCCGUUUCACAUCAUGAGCUACGAAGACAUGAAAUCGGACCCAAUCUCCGAAAUAGGUCGCCUUAGUGAGUUUCUGGGGUUUAAAUCGUCCCCGGAGCUGAUAGCGGAAAUUGCGGAAAAAUGUGAAUUUAGUGCAAUGAAGAAGGAAAAAGACCCACUGGAAAAUACAACGGACUGGAAAGAUGCAAAGCCAGAGAUGUACCGGAAAAGUCAAGUCGGUGACUGGAAGAACUGGUUCACAGUCGCACAGAGCGAGUAUUUUGACACCGUGUUCACUCAGAGAAUGAAAGACUCGUCAUUCACUUACAGAUUUUCUUAACCCGCUUUAACUGCUUAAAAAAAUGUUGUUUUGUUUCCGUUAAAAUCUACAAGAAUAGGAUUGGUAGGUCGGCUCUACUUUCGUUUGCGUACACUAAAAUGUAAGGAACGGAUUUAUUUACAACAAGCUAAUGCACUUGCAUGCAAACAUCUUCUACAUCGAUAUUUAACUUUUUUAUUUUAGUGACAUUCAAAUUGAUAUAAGCAAUCUUAUCGAAUGCAGGAGAAGUAUCGAAUACUUAAAAUGUGUGGGAAUUUCAACCUGUAAUAAAAGUAUUAGUCGGUCGGGCCCUAUUUUGCGUCGGUCGGGUUAGUUAGUAGAAGCAAGCAUUAUUUCAAAGCAUAUAUAUACUAGUGUUAAGAUAGAGGCCUUUAUGAGAAAAGAGCAUAGUUGCAUGUCCUUCCAAGUCUUCCGCUUCGCUAUGGUGCUAAUGAUUAUGUAUACAAGUAUUUCUUUCGAAGUCAUUAACUUUCAAAGGGACCGUCAACCAAGAAUGACGAAAAAAGGAAAGUUCUAAAAUACCGUAUUUUUACACUUAUUAAUUUAUAUUGAUUAAAAUAUCACGACUGGUAUAUGACAUUACCUGAAAAAGUUCAUAUUUUCAGUAUAUUUGGUAAUACAAUUUCGCGAUGUGAAAUGGAAAGUACAUCGCGAAAAUAGGUGACAUAACGAUAUACACACUAUAAAUAACGCAAGUAGAUUGAUCAUUUUAUAUAUAAUAUAUACAAUUCACGCUUGCACAAUUUGCAUUCCUGGGUUUACCACGUGACGAUGAUGAUCAAUCUACUUGCGUUAUUUAUAGUUAACUGGUAGUUACCUGGGCCCUGUACCCAGUAAAAUGUAAUUCCGAAUAUACUGAAAAUAUGAAAACUAAACAACUUUUUUCAAGUAAUUUUAUAUACCAGUCGUGCUAUUCAAUCAAUAUAAACUAAUAAUUGAAAAAAAAAAUACGGUAUUUUAAAACUUUUCUUUUUUCGUCAUUCGUGGUUGACGGUCCCUUUAACAUAUGUAUGUACUGUUGCUGGCUGUGUUGACUGUUUGUGAUGUCAUGUAAAUGCAUUUUAUGAAUAAACUGAUUUUAAUAGAAGUAUUAUUAUACGCAAAAAUUAUUAAGUUAACAUUAUUAAUGCACAAACUACGAGUGUGUCAAUUAUAUGCAAAUGCCAUUGUUUGUAACAUUUGAGACAACCGACUUUUGUACCUUUAUAAAGCACAAAUGUUCUCGGUAACGCUCUAUUAACCAGCCAGAAGCACUGGCUGUACUUCGAACCCUUAUUUCUUGUGUAAUGUUCUUGUUUAUCAGUAGCAUUACUCCAGAAGAGGUAUUAUUUCUUCAAUAUUUAGAAACAAUAUGUUCGUAAUAGUAUAUGUUUAAAAUCAUAAUAAACUGCUUUUACCAUAUUAUUUAACGUUUACUAGUCAAUCUGAAUGAAUUUAUAGAACAUAGUAUCGUAUUUUCGAAUUGUUUGGCAAUAAACCGAAUGAGCCAUU